GAGAAGCUCUGCCCAAAGCACCAGAGAGUCCUGGAGAUGUUCUGUAGGACAGAUGAGAUCUGCAUCUGCUCAGUGUGUGCAGCGACUGAACACAAGAGUCACCACACCAAGAUACUUGAUGAAGAGAUAACUGAGAGAAAGAGUCAGCUGGAAAAGACAACACAAGAAGUGAAAAGGAAAGUCCAGGAGAAACUGAAGAAGGUGUCCGAACUGAAGGAGACUGCAAAGAGGAUUAGGAUAUCUGCAGAAAAAGAGGAGCAGGAACAUAAGGAGAACCUCGAGUCUAUACUUCAGUCCAUUGAGUGUCUGAAGUCAGAGGUCAGUGAGGCCAUUAGAGGUCACAAACGGGGCGAACUGAAUAAGGUUGAAGGUGUCAUCAAGCAACUGGAGAAGGAGAUCAAGGAGCUCAGGAAGACAGAAUCUGAGCUGGCCAAACUUUCAAAGACCGAUGACCACAUGCAAUUGCUGAAGAUGUUUCAUAAUGUCCUUGUCCCUCCUGGUGAUACUCCCAGUAUCACUAUAAAUGAAGAUUUCCUUCCAGAGACUCUGAAGAGGAAACUGUCUGAAGCAAAGAAGAGUUUGGAGGAGAUCAGGGAGUUUGUGAAGAGGAAUAAGACGGGCUCGGAGGUUUCAAAUGAUGCCCUGCAGAACCCAAGUAGGAAAGAAUUUUUAAAAUACACCUGUUCUCUCACCCUGGACCUCAACACGGCGCACAAACGCCUGCACCUCUCUAAAGACAAGAAGAAGGUGACAUGUGAGGAGAAAGAGAUUCGAUAUCACGCUCAUGAUGACAGAUUCAAUACCUGGCAGCAAAUCUUGUGCAGGGAAGCCCAGUUCAGGACCCGCCACUACUGGGAGGUCGAGUGGAGCGGAGACAAAGCUGACAUUGGAGUGACAUACAGAGGAAUAGGAAGGAAAGGAGAGGGUAACGAGUGUGUCCUCGGACUGAAUGACAAGUCCUGGAGUUUGAGCUGCUCUGAAGCUGGGGUCUCUGCGUCGCACAAUAACCAGAAGACUGAUAUAAGCGUCCCCAUAAGUCACAGAAUAGGAGUGUAUCUGGACCGUCCAGGGGGGUCCCUUUCAUUUUACAGCAUCUCCGAUACCAUGACCCUGCUGCAUAAGUUCAACGCCUCCUUCACUGAGCCACUGUUUGCUGGGUUUAGAGUUCGACCAAACAGCAGUGUGACAAUCUGCCCUCUGAACGGGUCUGUCCAGAGACUGGCUUCGUCGGCAGGUCCCUCCACGUCUUCUGUGUCACAGGUCACCUUUUAAUUUUAGAAUCAUCAGGACAAUUCCACAGAUCAUACUGCAGUUCAUUCCUCACUUCAUUUCUGGAGCCUUACACACACAAACACUCACAGAGUCACUGGCCAUCCUGCCAUUCCUCCUGACAAUGUGAUCCUGGACCACUGUGAUUAGUGGGGGCGCCAUCCUUUAAAGUGGGCAUCAUCAAGAAAGCAACAAGGACAGCUGACCAUCAGUGAACAUCAGACUGGAAGUUCCUCAUCCCAGCUUACGUUCAGUACUCUCCAUGGCCACAUGGUGGUGCUGUCUUUAUGAUUUACAGUUUAAGUUCAACCUUAAGUAGAACAGCAAGCAAAGCUGUAUGGAGAAACAACUUGAGAGUCCCGUCACCGUCACAUGGAGAAGGAAAUCCUAAUUUAGACUGUAAAUACUAAAUAGUAACUGUAAAUCAGAGGUCACAACUGAUGCUCAAUGCUUUUUUAAUUCUGUUUAUUUCACUUUAAUACGAACCACUGGCACAAUUGUUCACAGGUCUGCCUCACCAAUUCAGGACACUUGGUUCAGAUUUAGCCCGGCCACUGGCUGUAUAGAAUUUUCAAGUUCUUCUGGUGUCCAUGGUGAUUUUUCUCUGAUUUCUCUAAUUUCCAUUUUUGAUCACAGUGAAAAAUCACAGCUUAAAAUGGAUACUUUAUUGACACGUUUCUGUGUGUGUUCUAGGGUGGGCUGGCAUCUCAUGUAGUGUUUGUUCCUGCCGUGGCAGACUGAAGCCCCUCCUAACAGUAUGAGUUUGAUUUUUUUUUUGUCCAAUGAUGAUUUUCAUUUUUCUUUGCUGGAUUUGGCCGACAUGAUAAAGGCGCUGACUGUCAUUGUAUUCAUGGAUUUGACCCCACUGGGUGAACUGGUGUGCUAAAUACACCUGACUGAGGUGGUGGAUUUAUAUCACAACCAUAACAAAGGUGUUCUGAUUCUUGUAUGAACGUAAAUAUUUAUGGAAAGUUGGUGUUGGGAUUGUGUUUUUGUCUUUUUAUUUCUUGUCUAUAAAAACUUUGUCUUGAUUUUCAUGUUUUUGUU